AUGGCCGGUCGCGCCCUCACGCUUCUCUUUGCUCUGCUUCCCGCAGCUGCGUCGGCUUACUCUCGUACACAUCCGGUGCUGGCAUGGUCAUCUCGCAAUUCCCGAGCCCUAACUUCAUCAGCAGUCUCGGAGGCAGCCAAGAACUCGCACGCUAUUGCUAGUGCUCUGUAUACCAACAACGACAUUUGCGACCAUGACGCGGUCAUUGUAGUAAACCACCAGGGGCUGCAUGCUUCCGACUUGCGUACACUUUCUUCCUCUUGCCAUGUGGCAAGGGCAUUGUCGAGCGCCCCAUCCUCCCUUCAAUUCGCCUAUGUCGAGAGCGAAGAGCGGAACGCGAAUCCGUUCCUCGACCUAUCCAGCAUUCUAUCCGAGCGUUGCGGUUCUCGUGCGGUGAGCCAUGCACCGGAUCUCGGAGAGUUUGAUAUCGACGCGGGGAAGGGAAAACACGUUGUUUCCAUUUCGCUUCCCGCAUUGGAAGAUGGGGAGAUUGGAGCCUCGAGGAAGAGCAGCAUGGCUAACCAUGAAUCGUGGCUGUCCGGCGAGCUCUCCAAGAUCGAGAACAUCUUCUCCGACUAUCUGGUCAUUUACGCCGGGGCCCCGGGUUCGUCCCUUGGCGUCCGUCAGUCUUCGAGCUCGUCUACCUUCGAUGCGGAGGUCGUAGCCAGUCCUUCGGGUGGAAUCUUGAAACGCUACCAGCUUCUGACUCCUGGCCUGAUCCUCGUGCUUCUCGUCUCCCUCUUCAUCCUUGUUCCCGUGAUAUUCCUUGGUGUUUCUGCGCUUUCGAGCAUUCAAUCUCCCUUGACGAACGAGAUUCCGAAGGGCUUCAGUGCGGAGGAGAAGAAGAACCAGUGAUCCGGCGUGGUGGACAUUUGUGUACGGUUUCGCUAUAUCAUACUCGUUGCUUAUUGCACCUUUGUCGCGAAGGCAUCGUGCAGGUCGUGCCGGAACAUGCUCCUACUCUGUAAGGCCACCAUGGUCCCCGCCCGCGUCAGUUUAUUCGACCCCUUGACCACCAUCCCUGUCGAAGGUGGACUCGGACGAUGCGACUUAUUCAAUACAUUAGCAUGCUUUCCCACUACGCAUGCUGCUGCGAAUUUCGGCUUCCUGUGCCUCCGACGGACAUGUCAUCAUGCAUGCGUUCCUUCACGGUGGAAAUCCUCGUGCUUUUGGACCACAGCAAGCUCGAGGUGCAUUGUAUGCGCGUUGGCCAUCCGUGAUUACGUUGGAUCGUACGUCGUUAACGUCGCUCUCAUAUAUCAUUUAUGCUCAUUGUAGGUUACUGUAUCACACAUGUCGAGGUAUCAGUGCCCUUCUUGUGUUCUAUUGAAUGAUUGUACAAGCGCAAGACGCUGUCGCGAGUGACAUAC